CGAAAGCGCGCUAUGAUAAGCAUUAUCUUUAUGCGUACUCAUGCUCGAUGUGUGUAUAUGAAGCUGACAGGUUCGCACCGGAUGCUAGUGUGUGGUGUGUCUUCAACGCGGAAAGCAGAGCUAAAUCAUGGUUGUCGCUAGCAAGUGGAUCUACGCCAAGGCGUUCGAGGGGCUGCCCAACGAUAGCAACUUUAAGCUGGAGCAGGAAACGCUGCCAGAUGAGCUCGCGGAAAAUGAGUUUCUGGUGGAAGCCGAGUAUCUGAGCGUCGAUCCGUAUAUGCGUCCGUACAUGGAGCGCUAUCCGGUCGGUUCGGUGAUGAUCGGUGGCCAGGUCGGCAAGGUGACAGCGAGCCGUAACACAGCAUUCCCGGUCGGUGCGACCGUGUUCGGUAACUUUGGCUGGCGUUCGCAUACCAUCGUCGACCCGGCUCGUUACACCGGUUCCAACACGCCGUAUGUUCUACCCUCGUUCGGGAGCCACCCGCGCUCGCUCGCCCUUGGUGUGCUUGGUAUGCCAGGGAACACGGCUUACUUCGGCUUUCUGGAAAUCUGUAAACCGCAGCCGGGCGAAACGGUGGUGGUGAGCGGUGCGGCCGGUGCCGUCGGCAGUAUCGUCGGCCAGAUCGCCAAGAUCAAGGGCUGUACCGUGAUCGGGGUAGCUGGUAGCGAAGCCAAGUGCCGAUGGCUGAAGGAGCUCGGAUUCGAUGCGACCAUCGACUACCGGGCAGUGUCGGACUUUGGGGCAGCGCUGAAGGCUGCCGCCCCGAACGGCGUCGACUGCUACUUCGACAACGUCGGUGGCACGAUCUCGGCCGCCGUCCUACAGCAGAUGAAGCUGUUCGGGCGCAUCUCCGUGUGCGGCACCAUCUCGAACUACAACGAACGUAGGGUACAGGUGGACGAUCCGCAGCGUGAGUUCGUGUUCAAGCAGCUGCGCCAGGAGGGUUUUAUCGUGUCGCGCUGGCACGACCGCUGGAUGGAGGGCAUCACACAGAACCUGCGCUGGAUCGAAGAAGGUAAACUACGCUACCAGGAGACCACCACCAACGGAUUCGCCCAAAUGCCGAAGGCAUUCGUCGAAAUGCUGACGGGUGGCAACACCGGUAAGGCAGUGGUUCAAGUGUAGAGCAAACACGAAUGCGUAA